AUGGAGGCUGGUGACCACAUUACUAUCACUGUUACACCGCAGAGGCGUGAACUUGAUCCAUAUUAUGAACUUGUAAAGGAGUGUGGGACGGCCCCAGAUGGCAAGUACAAAAGGAAAAGUAUUGGUUCAAAGCUUUAUCCCCAACGAAGGAAGGCUGACAUAGUUGGUCGAGCAUGUAAGGAAAAGGAAUUGGAUUUCGAAAACCAGAUGGCGAAUAACACUAGCAGUUGCCAGAACUUACACAGACAAGCAAUUUAUUGUUGA